AUGACUGACAGACAAUCAAAGAAAACCACUAACCUUCGUAAAGAAAUUUCUAUAGCAACAGGAGUAGGUGAAACAACUAUUGCCCAUGUUGUUGCUAAAUUCAAUAAAACUGGAAAGGUUACAGCAUCAGAACAAGGUCACCGAGCUCCCAAAGAUUUUCAAGCAGAAUACAUGAAUGCAAUUCAUGAUUUAAUUCUCUCUGCAAAUAGAGACAGUCUUCCUCUUUCUCUUCGAGAAAUAAUCCUUGAAUUAUCUAAAUUAGGCUUUGGGCAAAAGCAGCCAGAUAUUCUUUCUCUUUGGAAUGCGUUACUUAGUUCCUUUCAGGAAGAAAUAACACCAGAUAUGGUUGUUUCAUGCUGGAGAAAAUGUUUAGAAGACGAAAGUCUUAAUGAGGAAGCGUAA